GCUGCUUCCGGUUCUCCGGGGAGCCUGUACUUCGUCCUACCUUCCCCGGAGGAGCUGGGACUGCGGCUGCGGGUUCCGCCGCCUCGGGAGCCCUGGGAGCCCUCCGUCCCGCGCGGUGGUAGCGGCGGGGGCGGCGGCGGGUCUCCCGCGCGGCCGCGAUGCUGAGCUCCCGGGCUCAGGCGGCGAUGACCGCGGCCGACCGGGCCAUCCAGCGCUUCCUGCGGACCGGGGCGGCCGUCAGGUAUAAAGUCAUGAAGAACUGGGGUGUUAUAGGAGGAAUUGCAGCUGCUCUUGCCGCAGGGAUCUAUGUGAUUUGGGGUCCUAUUACAGAAAGAAAGAAGCGUAGGAAAGGGCUGGUGCCUGGCCUUGUCAACCUAGGGAACACCUGCUUCAUGAACUCCCUGCUGCAAGGCCUGUCUGCCUGCCCCGCUUUCAUCAAGUGGCUGGAAGAGUUCACCACCCAGUACACCCGGGAUCAGAAGGAGGCCCCCCCCCACCAGUAUUUAUCCUUAACGCUGUUGCACCUCCUCAAAGCUCUGUCCUGUCAAGAAGUCACCGACGAUGAGGUCUUAGAUGCAAGCUGCUUGUUGGAUGUCUUAAGAAUGUACAGAUGGCAGAUCUCUUCAUUUGAAGAACAGGAUGCCCACGAGUUAUUCCAUGUCAUUACCUCAUCCCUGGAAGACGAGCGGGACCGGCAGCCCCGGGUCACCCAUUUGUUUGAUGUGCAUUCCCUGGAGCAGCAGCCAGAAGUAACUCCUAAACAAAUAACCUGCCGCACGAGAGGCUCACCUCACCCCACGUCCAAUCACUGGAAAUCUCAGCAUCCUUUCCAUGGAAGGCUGACGAGCAACAUGAUCUGCAAACACUGUGAACACCAGAGUCCUGUUCGAUUUGAUACCUUCGACAGCCUUUCACUGAGUAUUCCAGCUGCCACGUGGGGGCAUCCACUGACCUUGGACCACUGCCUUCACCACUUUAUCUCAUCCGAAUCUGUGCGGGACGUCGUAUGUGACAACUGUACGCAGAUGUUACACUUCAAGAACUUCUGCAGAGCGAUCUUUCUCUUACUUCAGAUCGAAGCCAGAGGGACGUUGAAUGGGGAGAAGGUGGAACACCAGAGGACCACCUUUGUUAAACAGCUGAAACUAGGCAAGCUCCCUCAGUGUCUGUGCAUCCACCUGCAGCGGCUGAGCUGGUCCAGCCAUGGCACACCCCUGAAGCGGCAUGAGCACGUGCAGUUCAACGAGUUCCUGAUGAUGGACAUCUAUAAGUAUCACCUCCUCGGGCACAGACCUGGUCAGCACAGCCCCAAGCCCAGUGAGACCGUGGGGCCCACCCUGGACCUGCAGGACGGGCCGGCUGCCCCCAGAUCAGUUCUGGAUCAGCCCGGGGGCCCGAAAACACACAUUUUUAUGAAUGGAGCCUGCUCCCCAUCUUUAUUGCCCCCCCUGCCAGGCCCGAUGCCCUUCCCGCUCCCGGUGGUUCCUGACUACAGCUCCUCCACGUACCUCUUCCGGCUGAUGGCAGUUGUGGUCCACCACGGGGACAUGCACUCGGGACACUUCGUGACUUACCGACGGUCCCCGCCGUCGGCCAAGAACCCUCUUUCAACCAGCAACCAGUGGCUGUGGAUCUCCGACGACACGGUCCGCAAGGCCAGCCUGCAGGAGGUCCUGUCCUCCAGCGCCUACCUGCUGUUUUAUGAGCGUGUUCUCUCCAAGAUGCAGCCCCAGGGCCGGGAGUACAGGUCCGAAGAAUGACGGCCCUGCCCCAGAGCCGAUGGCACUGUCCACGUGGGCCGGGAACCAGGCAAGAUCUGGCUGUGUGUGCGUGCGCAGGUGGCCCCGCUAGAGUCCUCAGCCUUCUGGUGUGUCCUCAGAGCGGGCUCCAUGCAGGAGCCGCUGGCCCCCAGUUCAAACCGAAUCUAGCCCCCUGAACAGCUCUGGGAGCGUGCGCUGGGUGGUGUCCUCACUGUGCUGCGACCAUUCAUUCUUAGAACGUCUUUUUACUCACCUGAUACAGGUAAUUAAAAGAAACCCGGUUCUGGAAGCCACCUUUUUUAUAUUCGGCUAUGUUAGGUGUUCUCAGAGGGGAGGUCACUUUGUCUAAUCCUCCAAUCGGUUUCAGCAGAGAUCUUUUAUUUUUAAUAAGCAGGCCCCCAAAAUUGGUGAAAUUAUUAAAGGCAACAAUUUGGAAGAAAAAGUGCCUUUCACUUUCGAUUGCUUUUGUAGCACGUCCAUUCUGGAAAAUACACAUUGUCUAAGAGUCCUCUGAACAACUUUUGAGAAAAGCUCUGCUCCUUGCAAGUUUCUCCGCGGAGAGCAACAGGACUCCUAAAAGACGCCUGAAGAACACCCGCCUUCUCUUUUUGUGGGUCUUUUCUAAUCUUUGGAUUCUUUCUGUCAUCAAAGUGCACCUGCCAAAUCUGCCCCCCCACCCCCACCCCGGGGUGGGGGGGAUUCUUCCGCUGCUCCGCCAGCUGUGAGCUGCUUCCCGCUUGCUCUUACUGUCGGCACACUGGACGGGAGACGUGACGAUGGUCUGUCAUCCAACUGCGUGAACAGUGGGCACGGGGCAGCGUCCGUGCCGACCACUGCACCUCCUCUGCUCUGGACAAAGCCAGUUUUUACACGACAUCCCCACCCCCCCGUGGACGGUUAUUUCUAACUCUGUCACCCCUGCAGUGCUCCCGAGGUUCACAGGUGCAGCUGGGGGCUGUGUGAGAUUCAGGAGCUGGGGUCUGGAAGGGCACUGACCGCAGGGCCACAGUCGGACUUCCUCGUUUGGCAAGGGUAGGCUUAGGCUCAGCGAGCAUCCAAACCCCAGCCCUUUCCACAAAAAAGAAGAAAGUUUUCAAUUUGUAAAAAACGUAUCCUUACAGCUGAUCAUCUAGUACUGUCAUUUUCUUAUAGGUCCAUACUCUACAUUUAUUGUACAAAGACUGUACUGAGCAUUCUCUUCCCUCUUGGGAGAAGGCUCAUGGGCGCAGCCCAGCACCACAGGAAGUUUGAGGACACAGUGGUAUCUAUGUUCUAGCUAGGUUUUUUAUUAAAAAAAAUUCAAACGGACUCUUCAGAGUUAAGAUUUGGAAUUUGAACUUUCUAAAAGGUCACCCGAGGUGAGGCUGAGAACGGGGCUUCCCCUGGGGGGGUGGGCUGGCAGACGCUGCUAGACCAGGCCUGGGUGUCCGCAAAGAGCGCAAGGGGCCCGGGUGAUCGCCGUCCCGCCGGGCCCAGCACGCACCCCGAGGACUCACAACUCUCGACCGACUGAACGUACCAUGGAAGGUUCUCCGGGCCCCGGACGUCCGGGAGAGAGGAGCAGCGUGAAGCGUCCUUCCCGGUUCCGUUGCAGGCCCUGGCUUUGAUGUUGCCUCGAGUACAGCUGUUUUGCCUGAGUCCGGGGGACAAACACCCGAUGAUGUGACCCUUACACCGUGCCGCAAAACUAGCUUUCAGUAACUGCUCUUCUGCCGCCGUUUCCCCUUUGAAAUCUGCUGUUAAAGAGAUGCCGGGCCCGGAACGGUCAGCUGUAAGCUGAUGGCGGGUCAGAGGCUGGGGUGGCCAUGCACAGUCUCUGACCCGGACUUAAAGCUGACAUCCUCAUUUUGUAAAUUAUUAGGCAUUAAGUAGCAGCCACCUCAUCUUUCUAGCUUUAAGUUAUUUACAGAGCGGCUUCUCUGGGCAAAAACCUAAGUUAAACUAGUAGUUUAUGCCAUAAUAACUUCUGAUUUAUGUAUUUGCUAAAGGUACCUUUUGUAUCUGCUGUGUAUUAUAGUAAUAAAAGAAUCUUUUUGUUAGGAAAAAAAAAA